GCUCCAUCAGAACCACACACCGGCAGCUUAUGAAAGCUUCACCGGUUUAACCCGAAUCGGUUUCAGCGCAAUCGCAGGCGAAAGGGCUAUUGUUUCAGUAGAUGAUUCUCUAGAAGUCGAAAUAUGAUUCUUGCACUUCAUCGGAUUUAACGCAUCGCGUGGGUUUGUUCACUGAACAACCGCCUACUCGUUUACUCCUAGAGAUGACAGCGAGCUCUGUUUUAUUACUGUGUUAAUCGUGCUAUUCGAGAUUAAUCGUCAUCAUUUUACACACACUGACUAGGUGAAGCUCUGUCUUUGAUGGCUGUGUCAGGAAACGCCCGGCGGAUCCCGAUGGGUGUGCGGACAUUCAGUGAGUUUUUGGAAAUAGCGACGGUCGAAACGUGUCGCUCCAGCAGCCCGAAUAAAUACAGAGAGAGGAUACGGCACUGGCCCAUCAGACACCUGUCCUCCUGCGGGAUCUUGAUGACCCGUCAUCCGCGCGCCCUCUGUCUCUCGGAAGUGGAUUUGACUCCCACUCAUCAAAGGAGAUCUUUCAUCAGCCUCACCAAUAAGAGAAAAGAGUAUUCAGAGAGGAGAAUACUAGGGUACUCAAUGCAAGAGAUGUAUGAUGUGGUAGCCAACGUGGAUGACUACAAACACUUUGUACCGUGGUGUAAAAAGUCCGAGACCAUCAUGAAAAGAGCCGGUCAUGCCAAAGCCCAGCUGGAAGUGGGCUUCCCUCCGGUUGUUGAGCGAUACACUUCAAUGAUAAGCCACGUCCGUCCACAUCUGGUCAAAGCGGUGUGUUCGGACGGUAAACUCUUCAAUCAUUUAGAGACAAUUUGGCGGUUUAGUCCCGGUAUUCCUGGCUAUCCUCGCACAUGCACUGUAGACUUCUCUGUCUCGUUUGAGUUUCGUUCAUUGCUGCAUUCACAGUUAGCGACUGUGUUUUUCGACGAGGUGGUGAAGCAGAUGGUGGCGGCAUUUGAGCGGCGAGCGGGCAAACUCUACGGACCCGAGACGAGGAUACCCCGCGAGCUCAUGUUUCACGAGGUCCAUCAAACAUGAGGUGCACCUUCAAACGGGACUUAGCUGCAUCUGGAACUCCCAAAACUCUUUAGAUGGUUAUCACAUGAUAAAUCAGAUCCAUUGGGAUGGUACGAUAGAUACCAUUUACUUACCCAAGAUUUCAGUUCACCAUAAAUUUUUUGUUUGCUUUUUGACCGUGAAUGAAGAUGAAUUGAUUAUUGCAGCUCUGACAGGUAAGAUUUGAAAGUUGAGGUGAAGAACUUGGACGUUUCAUUACGGUUUCAUCUGAUUUACUCAGUCAGUCCUGCUGGGGGUUUAUUGAGGCCAAAUCUGACUUAUUACUGAAGCUGAAAAUUAUAUUUUAGGUGAAAUCUGUCGCACACUGUUGAUUACCACACAAAAUGGUUUCGAUUUGUACCUCAGCUUUUUAAAACAAACAAUAAAACAUGUACAGCACAGGCAUUGUUUACUUUCCCCUUGCAUUUGUGCAGCUGUUUAAUUUAUGGUUUUAAGUCAGUAUUUGUGGUAAUCAACAGCAUGCAAAGGGCACAGAACAACCCAGAAUAGUCCUUCUAAAAUGAAUCUUUAUAUAACUAGAUAUGAAUUCAAAUUGCUUGAAUAUGAUCCUGCUCACAGUGACCUGCUUGACCUCCACUGCACACUGCACUGAAUUUAAAAUAUUCAUCUCAAGAAGUCACACUCAGAGGUGUGUGACUCCAAACACAACUGUAAAUAUAAUAAAAAUGAAUUAUACAGUUAUAGUGACGUCAAAUAUUUCUCUCACCCUAAAUAUUUAUCCUCACAGAUAACAAAAACAUUUGUAAAAGUAGUGGAUUUUAAAGAAGGAAUUGUAUUUAGCAUGCUUUUGCUUCCUUCGGAUGCAAACUCAGGGCUUUAGAGAAACUCGAAUGAAAGAAAUAUACGGAUUCGGCCUGUUGUUCACUAAUAGUGAUCUUAGAGUGUGCCUGUUCAUGUAGACUGUGCCAUUUCUUAUUUGUUGGUACGUUAAUGUAUAAACACUACUGUAUGUUUGUGUAUUGUUUGUGAUUUCUUGAAAAUCUACAGUAUUAGCUGGCUAAGCUUCAGAUACAUGCAUAGCAGACAUUUUUCUAUUUUUUUUCCAACAUUUUAUUUUACGAGAUUUUGAGCCAUUUCAAGGCCUUAUCUAAGUGCUCAUGGCAUUUAUAAAUGUCUUCAAGUAACGUGAUUUUCAAAAAUUGUCCAUUUAUCAUUUAUUUGUGCUGUAUCAAACGCCUGUCUAAAAGUCUUCCAUGGAAAUAGUCGCCAUUCGUAGAUUUCUAGGAUUUAUCAUAUAAAGACUUUGUUAGAUGUCUGUUAAGUGAGAAUUUUGGUUGAAGAACUGUGAAUAAGAACCAAAGCGAUGAGAAGUGCUUUAUAAGAGCAAGAAGAGCACAAUUUUAGGAAAAAAUUCUCUCUGAAAUGAAUGUUGUGUGCUUGGUAAACCUUCAUUCUCUCUCAACAGGCCUGUCGUCAGUGUUAUAACCUUGCACAAGCAUUUCUUUUAAUUUUAGAAUCUAUAAAUUUAUUUCCAAACUUA